GGCACAUCAAUUCACUUUAUCAAGCGUCGUGGGCUGAGUAAGUAUCGAGUCGACCAGGUCCACUGCAACUCCUUCAACUUCCUUUGACUUGUUCACUACCGAUUUUACCUCGAAAUAUUCCUAUUUUCGCUACUUUGUCGUAAAUUGACAACAUGGACUGGUCCACGUUGGCACUGAGUCUCGCCCUGUUUCUAUGUGUAUCAGGGGAAAGUGGGGAAACAGAGUCUUAAGGAAAAGCAAACCACAUCACCCUCAGACUUGUGCACAUGUUGUAUUGUAAUGGUGACAGGACUCCAGUGCGACCAUAUCCCUUGGACCCCUACCUCAACCCAACUCAUUGGCCUGUAUCGUGGGGCCAGCUGACCAAAGAAGGCAAAGAGAGGCAUUUUAAACUGGGACAGUUGAACCGGGAACGCUAUGGAGAUUUCCUCUCUGAAACUUACAACCCAGAUGAAAUUUACGUCAGAUCCACUGAUGUUGACAGGGUCUUGAUGAGUGCAGAAUGUCAUCUGGCAGGACUCUUCCAGCCCAAUGACAAUCAGACUUGGCACCCACAUCUAGCCUGGCAUCAGCCCAUUCCAGUUCACACUAUUGCAAAAGAGCAGGAUCUGCUGCUGGUAUUGGAAUCGGAGUGCCCUCGUUAUGACGAGCUCGUCGCCCAGCUCAACUCGUCACCAGACGUUCGCAAACGCUUGGACAGCAACAAGGAAAUGCUGGAUUAUUUGGCUGUCAAGAGUGGCCUGAAUAUGACGGAGAUUGAUGACUUCGAAUACCUUUACGACACGCUCUUCAUUGAAGAUCGUUUCAACAAGACGCUGCCCGAAUGGACUAAAAAGUACUUUCCCAGGCCUAUGAAAGAAUUUUCCGACUUUAGUUUCAAGAUGAAAGCUUACAACUUGGAAAUGCAGCGUCUUCGCGGAGGCCCAUUGGUGAAGGAAUUGGUUGAACAUCUGGGCGCUUACGCCCAGUCGAAGCUGACCCCAACCAAUAGGAAGCUUUUCAUGUAUUCGGCUGAUGACGUCACUGUGGCCACUUUUCUUUCUGCCCUCAACAUCUUUAACGGCAUCCAGCCACCGUACGCGUCCAUGGUCCUGGUGGAGCUGCACGAACUCAAACCCAACGACUUUUCCGUGAAGAUUUUGUACAAGAACGUUUCGGAUGAUGGGCGGAAUCCCCAGGUUCUUUCGCUGCCUGGCUGCACGCGAUUCUGUCCCCUUGACAAGUUUUUCCAGCUCGUCCAAAAUGUGACGAGCGACGACAUCAAAGUCGAGUGCAAAUUGGUGAAGCCUGAUGCCUCCUCCACGCUAGCCAUUAGCCUGUUGGUUUCAUUUAGCUGCCUGUUGCUGGUCGCCUUGUUGGUGAUUGUCGCCCUGUUUUGUAUAUUUUUAACAAAAAUCAUGCCACGUUGAAUGGCAUUUAUUAAAUUACUCACUCGUCUGGAGGCUGACACGAGUGCGGCAGUUGCCCUAAUUCUACGAAGCUAUGCAGUUCACUUUAACGGAGAUAUUUGGGUCAUCAGUUCUGGUGACCAAUGGAAUGGUAGACAGUAGCCCUUUUUUCUUUCUUUCGAAAUUGAAUUAUACAAUACUUUAAAUAUAAACAAAAAAAAGGUUUAGUCUAAUUACUUAAUACAUUUUAGAUACCAUUCACGUAAAGGUUUAAAGUUUAAAAGAAAAAAUCUGUAAUUCCCGAACACUUGUCGAAACGAUAGCGUACCUUAUGACCCAUGCAAUAUGUAUGCAAACGCGCCCAAUGAAAUAAAUUCUUUUUUGAGUCA